UAUAAUCAUACAAAAAUCUAUCACCUCAUCAAUCAUUGGAAGCACAACACGAAGUCAAGGCAUACAAGCCGGUGAUCUUAGUUACGACAAUUGUCUACUCUUCGAGGCCGCCCUUUUCCCAAUGGCCGCGAUGGUCGCACUGCCCAUCAAGUCCAAGACAGCCACAUCGCCUCAAACUUCUUUGGCGAGCUAGGCGCGUAGCUCUACCUCCACCAACGAGUCCGCGCCGCAGCGACGGGUAGUGGCUACCGUAUCCAGCUCGUCGUGCUUGAGCGAUAGCGCUGCCGCCAUUUUCUGCGUAAACGCCUCGGCGACAGCUCCAGUAGAGACACCAAAAAAGUUCUAGAAUUGGCAUCGCAACCCCCCCUAAGCGCGUCAUCGCUUUCUCCAUAGAUGAUAGGCGAACAGGGAGAGGAUCUUUGUCCAUCCUCAGUUGCUCAAGUACUGCAAUAAGAAGGCGAGUUCCUUUCGAAAAGCGUUUAUCGUGUUCUUGAACAUCUUGUUUAGCAGAGCCCCUUUCGGUUUGUGGCGUGUUACAGCUAUGCAUAAUUCGAUUCAGCUUCAAACGACAGGUAAUCAAGUCAUUAGAUGUCGACCGAAAGGGUGUGCGUGUUUCUUCUUUUCCCCUUCCCGCCUGGGCGAAUUUGUUAUUUGUGUCCAGCGCCAGGGACGAUAGGUAGCAAGGGGCUCUGCCUCGGCACGGCACAUGUUCCUCUAUGUUGGCUGCACAUAUCGCUUCCAUACGAGAUCCCCAUCCUAGGCAGUCAUCAACUAUGAGCAAGCCAAAGCCUGCUUUUCCUCUGUCUUUCAUGGAAAAACUAUCACCUGCCGUGUUUUUGCAUCGCCCUAUGGUUGACGACUCGGCUUCAGAAACACUGGAAGCCUCUCGGCGGAAGGAUCCGCAACUCGUACUUCUGCUAGGAUGGAUGGAUGCGCGCGACGCACAUCUAGCACGCUACAUUGAUCACUACCGCUCACUGGACCCAAUAUUAAGUAUCCUGCUAGUCAAGGCUCGACUCGCAGCCCUUGUAUGGCCCAGUAUUGGAUCGCGCGACGCGGCGCCAGCUGUUACGCCUCUACAAUUCAUCUUAAAUACACAAGCUUUUCAGAACUUAAGUCGUUCGCAGCUGCUCCAGCGCGACAGCGAGGGAGAAGAGGCCUGCAUACCCAUACAUGCUACCAUCUUCGACUCGACGCCCGGGGUCUGGAGCUACCAGUUUAACAAAGACGUCUUGACGGCCUCUUUCAAGCCCGGGUGGAGACGCCUCCUUGCACUUCUCGUAGCGCACCUGGUUGCGAUGACAUGCUGGGUCCUAAUCCGAAUCUUUGGCGUGCCCGACAACCAGCGUACGUGGUCGGUAGCGCACAACGACCGGCGGAAGAACCGCGAAAAGUGCCGGACCUACAUAUACAGUGAUGCUGACAGAAUCUGCCCUUCGAGCGCGGUUGAAGCUCACGCGGCGGAGGCCAUGAUGAAGGGGUUCGAUGUCAGACUAGAGCGCUUUCAAGGCAGCGGGCACGUCGCAGACAUGAGAACGGAUACGGACCGCUACUGGAUGGUCAUACGGAAGACAUGGGAUAUGUAUGGGCGCGCCAGCCUGGUGCAGCUUUUUACAUUUCUCCGGCCCAACCGUCAUUGGACGUAUCGUCAAACCGUUUCCUGUGCACUGUUCGUGUACUUCGGCAAGUAUGCGGCAACGGUUGAGCUCAAGCCAUCGUUUAGUCUUAAGCCAAGUAGCGAGAAAGACCGGUUCAUCAUAAUCCAUCCGGCCAAACAACCUGUGUACGGAGGUAUUCUAGUCUGUGACCCUGCUAUUAAUCCGGUCAACAUUGGUGCUGUAUGGUUCCCAAAGCCGAUCAACCAUUUGGAUCGGCAUCAGCGCGGGCGCCGUGUGUUUCUUCAUCUUCAUGGCGGUGCAUACUUUCCCGGAAGCGGCCGCGAUAUAAACAUGAGCUUCGGGGCCUCGUUGCUACUUCGAAAUUCCCCAGGCAGCGCCGUCUUUUGUCCAGAGUACCGUCUAUCCUCCCUUCCCGGAGGCCGCUUCCCGGCUGCUUUACAGGACGCCGUCGCAGCAUAUGCCUACCUCGUCACCCAGCUUCAAAUUCCAGCAGGCGACACUAUCUUAUCGGGUGAUUCCGCAGGGGCACAUCUCGCGCUUACACUGCUUCGAUACAUCAAUGCUCAUCAAGACUCUUUACCCGAACCUGCGGCCAUGCUUCUCUAG